AAUGAAACGCAACGAAGACUUUUGCAUGCCUCAGUGAAGCGAAAAUUUGUGCAACACCCAACAUCAAAUUUGGCUGGGUAGAUCGUUGAAUUAAUAGUUUCAGACAAAUUCACAGGCAAUAGGACUGGCUAUUUCGCAGUUGAAGAUGUUUUGGAUUGUUGCAAUAAGCGUAUGUCUCUGCACAGCGCAUGCGUGUGAGUAUGGCCGAGAAAGUGGCUUGUUUAGAAACACAUUUACGAGCACUUUAGGAACAAAUAAUGUUGAAGCUGACACGGACACGGAUUCAAAUCCAGCUUUUGGUCAAAGCAAGGUAGUAACGUUUGCCAACCCGUUUAGGAUAUUUUCAGACACCGAUCAGACAAGCGUAACGAUUUAUGACAAUGGUAUGAUGCUGUUUUCAAGUACUGGCAUCCCUACCACCGCGUACGAUGGAACUUCAGACGUGUUUGGCAUUCUCAGCCAAGCGUUUGCAACACCACUUUGGUUCAAGCAGGAAACCGGUUUAGAGUACAAAUUUACAUACAAACAUCUAACGGCGGCUUCUAUGGUAGACGCUGGUGAUAAAGCUAUUGGGCAAUCUAAGUGCGACUUACAGAGAAUUGCAAACAUAAUUGGCGACUGUAAGGCGGAUGGAUACAGGGAUUCACUGUCGGACGUGAAAGAAGCUCUUAUUGUCACGUGGUCAAUAACUCAAACCACUACUACAUACUACUUUCAAGGAAUUCUUGCUGUCAACGAAGCUAGCGAGACCCAUAUAAUAUUUCUUUAUAAUGAUCCGGCUGGAAUUCCCACGGGAGCUACACAAUACUCAACGGGUUACAUAUCUGGUCAGUCGGUGUCUGCACCUACAAAUAACGCUGGAGUAUGCCCUUAUACGUCAACGACCAUUGCAAGCGGAUCAAAAUUACAUACUCAGUCGAACUGCAGAUGUGGCGGACACACAGGAGGAAUCUAUUCCUUUAUGACCAAUAAAGCGGCAGACGUGUGUGGUAAAAGCAAAGCCGACUUUACCGCCGAAUGUAAUAAAGAUAUUCAAACAGAUAACACUAUGAAUUUCAAUAUGGCGUGUCGACCUCCACGUAAUCCUCAAGACACGUGUCUAGAGUUGGUAUAUUGUAGGGACACUGACUCUGGAUACGAAGUUAACGUUAACUUGUUGCAUGCACCUCAUAAAACUAACACUGCCAUGAAAUUUCUAGACCAGACUCAGUUUGCUGCUAACACAGUGUCAGAAAGUACGAAUCCUGUGUGUGCGCAAACAUUUUCGUUAAUAACCGGAACCACCGACAACUACAAGGCUGUAGUCACUAACAGUAAUCCCACUACUUGUGACUGGACUUAUACCGCAGGUCCGCCUGCCACACUCCAGUUUGUGGUAAGAGUGUAUGACUCAACAGAGGCAGACUUAGAGAGAGCCGGUGAUGUUUACCUCAAAGCCACGUGCAACGUGUUGCCAAAGGAGACCAUUGUUAAUGUGGAUACCAAUGGCGUUGUAGAAUAUAACGUGAUUAAAGCGUCGAGCCGGUAUGUUGAGAUGUUUAUCAGCAAUUCACGUUACUACAAGGCUUCUGUUAAGUCGAAGAUUCCCAACGGAGAUAAGGUGUUUCUAGGUCAAGAUCUCUUCCUUGGUGUCGCUCUGGACUACGGUACCACUAAGCCAAUAGAUAAAGUACAUGCAUAUGGACUCUACGCGUAUGAUUGCGAGGCGUCGAAUAAUGCUGCUUUUUCUUCAACUGGUACAAACAGAGUGAUUCGAUUAACAGAUGCAUCAACUGGAUGCAGAGCAGGGACAUUGCAGAGUGGCAAAGCAUUUUAUUUGUCAGAAGAAUUUAAAGUAGCCUCAAAAGACGGAGCAGACGCUCUCGGUAUAAUCUCGGACACCACCACGGGAACCUAUAAUUUUGUACAGUUAUCAGGGAAGUUUGACGCAGCUAAAUGGCUGGUAGGGGGAAAUGAUCACGUGUACUUCAGAUGUAAGGUCAAGUUUUGCCGAAACCAAGACUUUAAAACAUCGUCAAAAUGCUGGUAA